UUUUGGCUAACUUAUCAACCUCUUUCGCUUUGCUUUAAGUUAGCAUUAAAGCUAUAUAUAUGUAUGAUAUUUGAUAAAUGUCAAUAAUUAGAACUUGCUUUUAAAAAUUUCAAUGGGGAGGAAACCUUGCUGUGACAAAAUUGGAUUGAAGAGAGGUCCAUGGACUAUAGAAGAAGACCAUAGACUCAUGAAUUUCAUUCUUAACAAUGGCAUCCACUGCUGGAGAAUUGUCCCCAAACUUGCAGGUUUGUUGAGAUGUGGGAAGAGUUGUAGACUGAGAUGGAUUAAUUAUUUGAGACCGGAUCUCAAGAGAGGUGGUUUUACUGAUGCUGAAGAAGAUCGGAUUAUGGAACUUCACUCUCAACUUGGCAAUCGGUGGUCUAAAAUUGCCUCUCAUUUCUCUGGUCGAACUGAUAACGAGAUAAAAAACCACUGGAAUACGAAGAUCAAAAAGAAGAUGAAACAUCUUGGUUUAGAUCCUGCUACGCAUGAACCGAUUAAUAAUAUUACCGACCAGACCGAUCCUAACCAGAAAACCAAACCAAACAUGUGUUCUACUACCAUCAAGGAAGGAGAGGAACCCAAGGAUCAAACUCCAAAUGAUGAUGUUGUACCAGAAACAACGAAAACCGUAAUAAUGUCCUAUAAUGCUGAAGAGCUUGUGGCGAAAAACUGCAAAACUCUAUGUGCAGAAGAAGUAGACAUCGGAUCUCUAUUCGAAAUGCAAGGGAACGAGAUAUCUAUCUCGUCUUCUUCUUUCUCAUCUUUAUAUAGUAAUAUUUCAAGAAGUGAAUCUUCAUCAUAUUUUGCUGAAGAUUCGGUCUCUUUAGAGCAAUGGGACUUGGAUAUGACGGAUCCUUUGGCACCCUGGGACUUCUUCACCAAUAUUGAUGAUACUCUUUUCCUUUUAUGACAUAAUGUGAUAUAACUAUUGUAAUAUAUCUACAAAUAUAUAAUUAUCGUAAGUAAUAAGUAGCUUAAAUUCAUGUAUGUAAUAUCGACGUGGAUUGUGCAUGGCCUGUGCUAAUGUAUUAUAGUUUUCUCAUACACAUUGUAUGCAUAUAUAAUGACUGAUUUACCC